AUGCCGUCCUUCUCCAAUGACGCCUAUCCGUCGGCCACAGCAACAGCCACAACAACAGCUACCCAUCCUCGUUCUUUCGAUUCGCCUCGCAAGUCGCAUGACAAAUCCUCGGUCGGUAACACUUUCCUGUGGACCAACUGGCCCAACCCACCUAGUAGCGACGCAAACCACGAAUCCCAUCACAAUGACCGCCAAUUGCUCACGAAUUUGAAGAACGGCAGUGCCUACUCGCUGAAUGGCCGGUCAAGUAUCAGUUCAUAUACGCGCGAAAUGCCACACUCCAAGAAUGGAAGCAUGCAUUCGCUAGGCAACAGUUCUGCGAGAGACCUUCGAGAUGGUAGUCGCCCAUCGAAUAUGCUAGACCGGAAAUCAUCGGACGCUGGACCCGGAGCAGGCUCCACGGCGGCAUCCGUCUCGAGUCAACCAGUCAAUGGUGCAACGACCAACGGCCACCGACAAUUCAUUCAAGGGAAACAGAUGACCAAUGGAAAUGGCGAUUGUCGUCGUUUCUCCAUCGAUGAACCCUCCACGUCUGACCGUGCAGCUAGCCCUUCCAAUUCCUUGCUACAGAUCCCCAACACUGAAGAUGCAGGUCGUCAUUCCCCCGACCCAGAUCGCCUGGCUCCAGGCUCGAGACCCAGCCAUCACCGUUACUCCUCUCCUCCUGCGCCUUCUAUGAUAGAAACAGCUCCUACCCCAGAAUCACAACAGUCUACUAUGCGGCACCGACACUCCCUGCAGGUCCCGCGUGUGCCUAGCGGUCGUCGGAAUAGUCGAGACCAAAAUGAUGAUACUGCAUUCAGCAGCGGCCGAUUAUCUCCAACAAUUGGUGGAAACAGACGCACUUCCCUCGGGCUGAUUCGCCGGACAACAAGAACACAAUCGGACACACCAUUGGAUGAGGCACCGCCAGAUGAGGAUGCAGCACGAUGGGCAGAAGCCAUUAAACAAAAGCGAGCAUCAAGGCGCCGACGCGAAGAAGACGACGACGAGCGAGUCAUUGUCGGGACCAAGGUUGAUCAGAACCAUGUCAACUACGUCACGGCGUACAACAUGUUGACUGGAAUCCGCUUUACUGUAUCGCGCAUCAACGCAAAGAUGGACCGGGAGCUAACUCCGGCCGACUUUGAAGCUAAGCACAAGUUCUCCUUUGAUAUUACCGGCAACGAGUUGAUUCCUUCGGCCAAAUACGACUUCAAGUUCAAAGACUACGCCCCCUGGGUCUUUCGACAUCUACGAGCUAAAUUUCGUCUCGAUCCUGCUGACUACCUCAUGUCUCUCACUAGCAAAUAUAUUCUGUCUGAACUGGGCUCUCCCGGUAAGAGUGGAAGUUUUUUCUACUUCUCACGCGAUUACAAGUAUAUCAUUAAGACUAUCCACCAUGCCGAACAUAAGCUCCUUCGGAAAAUAUUGCCAGAAUACUAUCGACACGUUGAAAAGAACCCGAAUACCUUGAUUUCCCAAUUCUAUGGAUUACAUCGUGUCAAGAUGGCUUAUGGCCGUAAGAUACACUUUGUUGUCAUGAACAACUUAUUCCCACCCCACCGAGAUAUUCACCAAACUUUUGAUUUGAAAGGUUCGACCAUCGGUCGAGAUCUGCAAGAGUCAGAUCUUGAGCGAAACCCCCGCGCGACGAUGAAAGACUUAAAUUGGGUUCGGAGGAGUCGACAUCUGCAAUGUGGUCCAGCGAAAAGAGAUUUCUUCAUGGAGCAAUUGAAACGAGAUGUCGAACUUCUCAAAAAGCUCAAGAUAAUGGAUUACUCACUUUUGGUUGGAAUCCAUGAUCUGGAAAGAGGCAAUGAAGAGAAGUUGCGAGACAAGACCCUUCAAGUGUUCCAGCCUGGAGGUGACCGUGAGGCCGAGGCAAGCCCCAAUAUGCUGAUGCGGACGCCAUCCAAGCUGGAGAACGAACGGAAAGCCCGGGAACUUCGUAUGUUGAUCAAACGUGAACGACCAGUUCCCCUAGAUAAGGCUACCGCGAAGAUGCCAGAAGAAAUACUUGAUGAGCGCAAAUAUCAUGUCUUCUACUCCGAUGAUGGUGGUUUCCGCGCCACUCAUGAGAGUGGCCAACCAGGUGAAGAAAUCUACUACUUGGGAAUUAUUGACUGCCUGACUCAUUACGGAACGGUCAAAAAAUUUGAAAACUUUUUCAAAGGCCUGUCCCACGACCGACUACAAAUAUCCCCAAUUCCUCCAGAGGGCUACGGAGAUCGCUUCAUCAACUUUGUUAAGGGCAUCACCAUGUCCAAGGAAGAGGCUGAACGUCGACGCGAGUCUCAGGUUUCUGCUCGACAAUCAGGAGAAAAUAGACAAUCGCGUUCGUCAUCUGUGGAGCGAACUAUGCAUGUUGCUGAGAAGGAGGCGGCUAAGGAUGUUUCUGUUACACACCCACGAACUCUGGCCACAGUGUGGGAUCCUGCAGACGCUACCAGUUCUGGGCCGACAUCAACACUUCCCAUUGUCGAUGAAGCAGGCGAAGCAAGCAGUGUAGGCGGCCAAAGCUCACAUAGUAGAAAUGCCCGCCCCGGUACUGGCACCGACAAGGAAUUGCCUCCGGCUCCGCUCGAUGAACCUCCGCCGCCUCCUAGCAAAGGCAAGCGAGCUGACCAGGGGUACCCCCUGGCUACCAGCUCUAAUCAAUGGUAG